AUGGGAUCGAAUGCGACGAACGACGUCUAUAAUUUUGGUGAUCAAAAGACAAAAUUUUUCCUGGACAACAGUGAUCAGCUUGAAUAUCAGCCUCGGAAUGAGCUGGCUCCCUGCAAUUCAAAUCCUCAAGAUCACAUUGGAGAAGAAAGGGUGUUUUAUGAUGAUCAAACUACCGCAACACCCGAUGCAAAUGCCGGAGAGAAGGCUGAAAAUGAGUUUGCUUAUUUGAACAAGCCAGUAAGUUACUUUUUCGUUUCUUUUUUUUAAUUUUAGGUAUCAGUUUUGUUAUCCCUGAAAGUCUUGACGUUUUCUUUCAGUUGGAAUCGCUUAUCUGGGAGGUUUUAGCUCCUUACCUGUCCGAGUUGAAGCCCGGAAAAGGUGGAAGUUCGAACUCUCGCAUAUACGACAGGAUUGCCGAGGAUUUCGACCACAAGUUCCCUGGUCGAUGUCGAGAUGUCCGCAAAUGUAUUACUCGCGAAUUUUAUUACAUGAGACUUCGUGCGCACGAAGCUGCUGCUACUGGUAGACUGUCGGAGGUACGUUGAAAUUUUCAGCUCUAUUUUUUAGUUUUUUGAUCUUACUUUGGUUAUUAAUUAUAGAUGUAUCAACAAAUCGUCGAUUGGUACAAUCAAAGGCCAUUUCAAACGUCAGCUAUGGGCUCUAAGGCACGUUCUUCUGCCACCAAGUCUUCUAAACGUUACGUAAGGUUUUUAUUAUGUUUUGCAUUGAAGUUUAGAACCCCGUCAUGGUCGGAUACAAACUCAGAAAAUUCAAAAGACGAAAGCGUGUUCCCUCCAAGGAGACUUCGACAGAUACAUCUUCAGAAGUUCCGACACAGCCUUUCUCAAGUUUGGCCGUAAAUUUCGACACACUCCGUCGUCGAGAAAGGGAGAUUGCCGCCUGGGAACGGGUGAGUUUCGCAACAGAUCAGAUAGAUGAUCUAGAUCUAAAAUUUUUCCAUGUUUUUCUCUAUUUGAACAUGGUUACUAUACACUGAGUUUUUCAGAGUGCAGAACAAGAGCCUCUGAGGAGCUUUGGAAGAGAAUUGAAUACUCUGGAAAAUAUGAAUUUGCCACCGUCUUUGGAGAGACAACGAGGUGAAGAAGAGGUUCGCGAAGAGAUGGUCGAGUCCCAACCUGUCGAAAAUUCCGUUCACCACGAAAUUCAAGGUCACAAUGAAUCAAGGGAGAUCGGUACGGAGUCUAAUCCAACUCAAGAGACUCAUCCGGAAGUUGGUGGUUUGGAACAAAGGGUAGGAUAAUAUAAUUUGUUGAUUUUAGAUAGUACAAAAAUGAUUUCUAAGAAAGUUUUGACAAUUCUAGAGGCAAAAUUACCUCUAGUUUCUUGAUUUGGCCAUUUUGAAUGAGGAAAAUUGCACGAAAAAGAUUUGCUGACCUUAUUUUAUGUUGCUUUAUACUCCGCCGAUUUAAUUUGGACCAGUCUGAAACUUGAAAACGGUUAUAGAUAUGAACUCCAUUCCUUCAACAAGUUUGAUCACCAGUCGACUCUAUGUUCAACUGUAGCCAAAUAUUUCCUCUGCCUUGAGGCACAAGAAAAAUAUUCGGAUUUUUUAAUUUUUCUGUCGAAAAAGUUUGGACCAGGGCAACAAAAAUUUGCAUUUCUUUAUCACUAGGUGGGGUGAAACCAUGACAACUUGUGAAAAUAAUUGUGAUUCCCUGCUGAUUCUAGCGAGCAGGGAAUUCCGAGAUUAGCGCUGUGUUUAAGGCCCUGAGGGCAAUUUUUAAGAAAAUUCCCAAAAUUCCAGAAAUUUUUCGCCCUAGCGCUUGAGUAAGAAGCGUAAAUCGUCUUAAAUUAGUUUUAGUGCAACCACAGUAUCGCGUACAUCUAAUUGGAUGAUGUUAUAAAAUAGUUUUACAUCCAAAAUUUUUUGUUCUUGGAGGAUUUGCGACUUUGAAACUUGGGUUGGCGAUAAUAGUGAGGCCAUUGCGCUCAAACAACUGCUAAAUCAUACAGUGUUUUGCUUGGGACAUAUGAGGGGCAUUCCACACUUUCCUUCUGUGUCAAAACAAUAUCCGAUUUACACGCGACAAAUGCACAAUAGACCGAACACUUUGAUAAAAAAAUUUAAGAAGAGGGUGCUUACUUAAAAGUUUUCCAAAGUGAAAAAAGAUGUUUCUAUAUGUAUAUUGUACGUUUAUUCCGCUAUGAGGUGCUUGCCAGACCUGAUAGAACUUAAUUUGAUGCACAUUAAAUUGUUUUUCUCAACAUGUUUCGACUGGGCCAACGAAAACUUUUUUUAUCAAAGUGUUCGGUCUAUUGUGCAUUUGUCGCGUGUAAAUUGGAUAUUGUUUUGACACAGAAGGAAAGUGUGGCAUGCCCCUCAUAUGUCCCAAGCAAAACGCUGUAUGAUUUAGCAGUUGUUUGAGCGCAGUGGCCUCACUAUUAUCGCCAACCCAAGUUUCAAAGUCGCAAAUCCUCCAAGAACAAAAAAUUUUGGAUGUAAAACUAUUUUAUAACAUCAUCCAAUUAGAUGUACGCGAUACUGUGGUUGCACUAAAACUAAUUUAAGACGAUUUACGCUUCUUACUCAAGCGCUAGGGCGAAAAAUUUCUGGAAUUUUGGGAAUUUUCUUAAAAAUUGCCCUCAGGGCCUUAAACACAGCGCUAAUCUCGGAAUUCCCUGCUCGCUAGAAUCAGCAGGGAAUCACAAUUAUUUUCACAAGUUGUCAUGGUUUCACCCCACCUAGUGAUAAAGAAAUGCAAAUUUUUGUUGCCCUGGUCCAAACUUUUUCGACAGAAAAAAUUAAAAAAUCCGAAUAUUUUUCUUGUGCCUCAAGGCAGAGGAAAUAUUUGGCUACAGUUGAACAUAGAGUCGACUGGUGAUCAAACUUGUUGAAGGAAUGGAGUUCAUAUCUAUAACCGUUUUCAAGUUUCAGACUGGUCCAAAUUAAAUCGGCGGAGUAUAGAUAUCAGUUUGAAAAUAUUGGUUGUUUCUAUCAUAAUUUCUUGUAGUUACAUCUCAUAAUUUGGCUUUGUUUUCAGCCUCAGAAUUGCCCGAAAAUUGCGGACGUCCUGCGUACGAUCCAUUUCUGCCGUACUCAUGGGUUCACCUUCGAAUUGAGCAAUGGCCAUAUUAUCCUGAAGACUGGCCCGAUUACCGAAGAAUAUGUAAUCCCGUUUGGACAGAUGCAAUGGGAUACAUAA